GCGCUUAUUGUUUCGCAGUUAGUUGAAUUACGCCAACGUAACGAACAGCAUGAACUCGCUGAUUUGGUUGUGUUGCUGCUUCCCAGUUAUAAGCUCUGGAGGAGGCCUACCUGAUAGCAUUGAAAAGUGCCAUUUUGGAGACUCCACGUGCCUGGUUCGGUCCAUCAAUUCGCUGAUCAAGCUCUACCCGAAGGGAAUCCCGGAAAUAGGCCUCCCGCCGCUGGACUCGUACAACUUUUCGGACUCCGUUAUUCUGGAAUCGCCGCGGCACGGUCCCGUCUGGAUUGACUUUCGGAUGCGGGACAAUGUGAACAAGGGAUUCAAUAAUGCCACAAUCACCCACGUGGAGGGAUUUCUGUAUGAGCCCAACCAGAAGCAGAUUGUUCUGAAGGCUCGCGUACCACGCCUCGUGCACAAGGCCACCUAUGACAUGGUUGGAAGGGUCAUGCUCUUUGCGUACAACACCACCGGAACGCUGUCCACCGAUUUUCAGAACUUCCGCGUUACCCUGACCAUUAAGACCUUGGUGGAGUACAGGAAUGCCAAGCGCUAUCUAAAGAUUUACGAUCUGAAGCCCAGCAUAGACUUGGAUAGGUGGAUCAUUUGGUUAGAUAACCUGUACAAGGAAAACACGGAUGUGACCAUUUUCAUGAACAAGCUGCUCAACGAAAACUGGGUGGAGGUCUGGAAUGAGGUGCAACCCGGUUUAAUCAAAUCCUUCACUGCUGCCUUCACCACCUUGCUUAACAAAGUGUUUGAGAAUAUUGCCUACGAUGACAUGUUUCUCCCCUAUGUUGAUGUAAGAGUGGGUUCUUGAUAAGAUUGACCCAUUAGUUGGCCCUUUAGUUGACUCUUUAGUUGAUUUUUAAAAAUAUUUCUUAGCGGAACUAAGCUUCAAGGGGUUAGAGUUUUCCCCUCCGGUAACCUGACAGUUAUCUUUCAAGAUUGUUUAGAUACUUUACAAUAAAUUAUCACUUAAUUAGA